UCCAUGACAUGGAUGGAGGCCCAGAGCUACUGCAGAGCUAAUUAUACAGACCUGGCCAGUGUGACAAACAUGUCAGAGAACCAGAAGGCAAAGGAGUUGGUACCUGCAGGACAAAAGGUCUGGAUCGGCCUUUUCAGAGACUCCUGGAAGUGGACGGAUGGAAGUAACUCCUCAUUUAGACACUGGAAUACAAAUGAACCCAAUAAUUAUGUCAAAAAUGAAACUUGUGUGGCAGCAAACUUUGGAUCAGCUGGACGAUGGGAGGACUGGAACUGUGACCGGAUGACAGCAUUUGUUUGCUACAGUGAUCCUGCUUACAAGCAAGUGGUGAGGCUGAGAAUGGAGAAAAACAACAAUCAGGAUCUGAAUGACCCUGCAGUGAUGGCAGCCAUGCUGGAACAGUUCAAACAGAAGCUGAAGAAUAACGGUGUGAAAGGAGGCAUCGAACUGAGCUGGAGGAAGCAGUCAGACGGGGAGGUCUUCCACAGGGAUGAAAAGGAAACAAAGAACACAGCCUGAAAUAACGAGUUUUAAAUGUUGAUCAGGGCGCGUGUAUUGUUUUUGUUUUGUUAUUUUCAGCGCAUUGUGUUCUGCGUCCUGAUUGGCUGUAGACCAUUGUCAAUCAAUCUCGUGCCCUGUCUCCUGUACAGUACAGAAUGCGUUCAGCUUGUCAAAUUUACAUAAAUCUUCGAUCACUAGCAGUGUGACUCUGAAGUGCUGCGCUGUAUGUUUGUACGUUUCUCCCUAACAAACAAGAAUGUCAGCCAAACGUUUUGCACCACCAAAGGCAACCACAGGUGCCUUUGGUUUCAUUCUAUAAUACUGGCCUUAUUUUUCUAUGAAGGUUUGAACUUUGAGUGUUUAAACAAGAGAGAAGUGUGAAAAUGUUCAUGCCUGUCUGAGAAAAGUGUAUAAAGUGUGUAGUGAAGAGUUUUACAGCCUUAAAACAUCUAUAAUAAUUGUAAAAAAAUUAAGUUGUCUACUUCGCAGAUUUCACCUAUCGCGGGUUAAUUUUAGAACGCAACUCCUGCGAGGGACCACUGUACUGUUAUUUUACAUUUAGGGGAUUGAUUUUUUUGUGUCUGUCUGGAUUCAUCAUUUGAUAUCUUUAUUCUGGUAGAUUGCAAUCUGUGUUUAUUAUGACAUCACUGAGACUUUAACUUUUGUUUUCCUGUGUUCUGGUUUAUGUCUGUUAGUAGGAGUUUUUAGUUUCUUACAGGUAUCUGUGACUGUUCCUCCCUCAGUCUCAUGUCUGUGUUCAUAUCUCAGCACUCCGGUGUUCUCUACUCAGGCAUCUUAUUAAGUGUUAGGAAAUAGACAAGAGAACUAACACAGACCUGUAUACUGUUUAAAAUUGAAAAAAAAUUAAAGUUGAUUUUUUUUAAAUGUUUUGUUAGUUUCACUUCCUGCUGUUUGGUUACUCUGACUGUAUUCACACUCAGCGUCUGAGUGUAUAAACAGUCUUGUCGCUUGUUGUAAAGCCCUUUUGUUUUGGAUUUACUUUAUCAGUGGGAUUAACACUUUCUUGGAUUUUACAAAAACUAUUAAAAGUUGAGGAAUUGCCAUCCAAGUGAAAGACUAACUUCUAAAAAUACGUUUGAGUGAUCUGUCCACAUCUUUUGUCAGGUUUAUAUAGUGGAUUGUCAUUUAUGCUUAGAAAUAUCUACUCAUAUAUGCUUAGUUUUAUAAUCAAUGUCAUGUUGGUAGAGGUUUGAUCCUUAGUAGCCUGUGGAGACUCUGUGCCUCCCAGAGCACUCUGGCAUGCACACACAACUUAAGGUCAGGAGAGAGGUUAUAUCUGCGCUUACUGAUAUAUGGUGUAGCAAACACACGUAUAUCUGUUUUACUCUAAGUGCCUUUUGUUU